UCUAUAGAUAGUUCUCAGUUCCUCUUUGGUCAGUCCAACCGAAAAAAAGAAAGAAAUUCGAGGAGGAAACGGACGAUUAGUUUCGUGUUGUAGAAUAUUCUGUGUUAUAAAGAGGUUAAUGAAUCAGCAACUCGAAUAGUGCCGUUAAAACAUGUUUGAUUAGUUUUCUUCGACAUUAUUUUAUGUUGAUUCUUUGUUUCAUUGUGUAAUUACCACGUUUGUAACGAUACUGCGAGCACAAAAAUAAAAUGGCGACUGAUCAAGUGAAGAACCGCAUGCAUGUUUUCAAGAACACUGGCAAAGAUGUCGACGAAAUGCGCAGGCGGAGGAACGAAGUUACAGUAGAACUGAGAAAAAAUAAAAGAGAAGAAACACUACAGAAACGUCGUAAUGUGCCUAUCAGCUACUCUACAGACGAGGAUGAGAUUGAUAGGACCCUCGCAUCUACCGACCUCAAGGAGCUGGUAAUGAAUGCGGCGAACGGAGACAACCCUGACGUGCAGCUAGCCGCUGUACAGCAGUGCAGGAAGCUACUCUCCUCAGACAAGAACCCACCCAUUGAUGAGCUGAUUGCUACUGGCAUUCUCCCUAUCCUUGUGCAGUGCCUUUCAAGGGCUGACAAUCCCUCACUUCAAUUCGAAACCGCUUGGGCCUUAACGAAUAUCGCAUCAGGCACCUCCGCCCAGACUAACAAAGUUGUCCAUGCUGGUGCUGUUCCUGUCUUCCUUCAGUUGCUCAUGUCUCCCCACGAGAAUGUUUGUGAACAAGCUGUCUGGGCUCUUGGUAACAUCAUUGGAGAUGGUCCCGUGCUCCGAGAUUUUGUCAUUGAAAUGGGAGUAGUUAAGCCACUGUUGAGUUUCAUCAAACCUGAUAUCCAAAUUUCAUUUCUCCGUAAUGUGACUUGGGUCAUUGUCAACCUAUGCAGGAGUAAGGACCCACCACCACCUGUCAAAACUAUUCAAGAAAUUCUGCCAGCUCUUAACUUUCUUAUUACUCACAAUGACAACAAUAUUUUAGUAGACACAGUUUGGGCAAUCAGCUAUUUAACAGAUGGUGGCAAUGACCAGAUCCAAAUGGUGAUUGAAUCGGGUAUAGUACCCAAGCUAAUCCCACUACUGUCACACAAAGAGGUAAAAGUCCAGACGGCAGCUUUGAGAGCAGUGGGCAACAUUGUGACUGGCACGGAUGAACAGACACAAGUAGUCCUGAACUGUGAUGCACUGUCACACUUCCCUGCCUUACUAUCCCACCAGAAAGAGAAGAUCUGUAAAGAGGCCGUAUGGUUCUUAUCAAACAUCACAGCAGGCAAUAAGCAACAAGUGCAAGCAGUUAUAGACGCGGGCCUACUGCCCAAGAUUGUUGAGAACCUCACUAAGGGAGAGUUCCAGACACAGAAAGAGGCAGCCUGGGCAGUCUCCAACCUUAGUAUCAGCGGGACUAAGGAACAGGUUGCUGCCCUCAUCAAAUGUGGAGUUAUACCACCAUUCUGUAAAUUGCUCAGUUGCAAUGAUACUCAAGUUAUUAAUGUUGUGCUAGAUGGUUUAAGCAACAUGCUGAAGAUGGCGGGAGAGAACGCUGACCAAGUUGCUAACAUGAUUGAAGAAUGCGGUGGCAUCGACAAGAUUGAGGCUCUGCAAAGCCACGAGAAAGUGGAAAUCUACAAAAUGGCCUACGAUAUCAUUGAACAAUACUUCACCGGAGAGGAGGAAGACGCGACGUUGGUCCCGGCGGCGGCGGAAUCAGGUUUCCACUUCGACGCGGCGGCCGCCGGCCCGCACGAGGGCUUCCGCUUCUAGUGGCGGCCGCAGCAGUCCGGCCGCGGCCCCUGCCACUCU